ACGUGAUGAUUUAUCUGGUGAUUACGUGAAGACAUUUUGAGAUCAUGGCGUUGAGGACGAUUUUGUGGCUUGGGGAAACCCCUGGGAAGUGUUUGUUUACGAGGGGACAGGGGCACAGGACAUUGCUGGAAGUUCCCAACACCUCCAGGUGGACCCGGGGAUUCAAGAGAUUGAGGGCUGGUGAACGUUCUGCUAUUUCAGAGGGUCUUGGGGGUGAAAUUCAAGCUGGGGGACAACUCUGGAAACCUCUAGGCUUUACUAUCCUCUUUGGGGGUGCAGUACACAUUGGAGCGACGAUAUGGGAGUACGAGAGGGUCCGAAGUCAUGCAAUCAAAGUAAAAAAUCGAUUUCAGCAAUGGAGAGUUAACAGGACCGGAUGGAGAGGGGAAAUGGAGACCUGGUGGCGAGGUCUGUCAGAGAGCCAACGAGUAUUCGCUCCCAUAUGUUUUUUAAACGUCGUCGUCUUCCUGGGCUGGAGGAUACCAUCCCUGAAGAACACAAUGGUUCGAUACUUCUGCUCGAAUCCCUCCUCCAAGGCUGUCUGUUGGCCCAUGCUCCUCUCAACAUUUUCCCACAGUUCUGCACUCCAUUUAGGUGUCAAUAUGUAUGUAUUAUAUAGCUUUGGCACAAUGGCGAUUCCCACACUAGGACGAGAGCAAUUCGUCGCACUUUAUUUGACGAGUGGUGUCGUCUCUAAUCUAGCUAGUCAUCUGUACAAAAUUGCCCUGGGGCGACCUGGGCUAUCACUUGGUGCAUCUGGAGCAAUUAUGGGAACUGUCUCGUACAUUUGCAUGCAGUAUCCAGACCUGAAAGUUGCCAUAGUCUUUCUACCGAUGUUUGGAUUCACUGCUGGAUACGCAUUGAAAGGGCUUCUGACUAUGGACACAUUGGGCUGUGUCCUUGGCUGGAGGUUUUUCGAUCAUGCAGCUCAUUUGGGUGGAGCUCUCUGGGGAAUAUUCUGGCACACGUGGGGCUCCACCAAUCUCUGGCAGAAACGAGAUCCUGUCCUGAUGUUCUGGCACAGCUUUCGUGAUCCAAAGAAGACUCGGUAAUCGUUGAAAUUAUUUUUAUAAAUUAAAUAACGAGCAAGUUUUCACCGGAGUAUUGACCAAAAUCCAUCGAUAAAUAAAACUGUUAAUUUUUCACCAA